GAGAAUAAUGCAUGUAUACGUCAUGGCAAUGCCGUCAAAGCCCAUUGACUCUGUUUACCCCUCACCUCAGCUUUGACCCUUCGAUUUGAGUUUUAGUACAACCUAGACCUCACCCUCAUUACCAUCAUCUUCUUCUACUCUGGCUCAAUUGGUACGCUCUAAUACAACACUCGAUGAACAACACAAACCCUCCCAAGAUCAUGACUUCCACCACUCUUUUCAUCCGACUCACGGCAUCAACCGCACCAUUCCGAUUUCUGGACCUCCCAGUCGAGAUCCGCAACCAAACCUACCGCCUCCUCUUGACCCCAUCAGUAACAACCACAACCAACACCGACGGAGACAAGAUCAGAUCCCUGAACCUCAGUCUAGAAACCCAGAUUCUCCGUGUAUGCCACAGCAUCCAGAGCGAAGCCACACGUGUGCUCCGAGCCAACCUCUUCAUCAAGCUCACAAUCAAGGUCCUCAUCCAGGAAUUCGGUUUCAUGCUCCAUUCUGAAACAAUAGCCAUAGCUAUACUGAAGUCAAAGCAAGCGCAGACAUUCAAAGCACACGUUUUGGAACAUGAGAUUACUCUGCCCAAAACAUUGCAAGAGCCCACCAGAGUCAUCGUCAUUCUGUUCAAGGAUUUGAAAGAACUAUGUGCUGGAAUCCAACAAGCACAGUCGCCACUCACCCAACACAACGACCUAGUCUCGCACAUCAUCACACUGCGCGAUCCAUUUCCUAGGAUAUCGAGUCGGGAAGGGGUCGAGCCAUUCCUCUCGAGGGAUUUGCAAGAGACACUGCUCGCGCCAUAUCGAGCAGAAUUCCGAGACUGUCCCUUCUUCAAGGUCAAGGGCACUGCGGACGUAUCAAAAGACCUGAGACUCGCGACCGAGAAAGAGAUCGUUCGACCUCUGCCCACCGAUCCAGAGGGUGUCAUCCGCGAGAUAGAGCACCUGAAAGCAGAAGGUAACCUCUAUUUCACACGAGGCGACCUCUAUUUCCGCGACGGCAACGCCGGCGCAAGCGAGUACUGGAACCUCGCUCUCCAGAAAAUCCACCUCGUCCUCAAUUCCUCCUCUUCCCCCUACACUGAGAUCAGACAGCAAGGCGGUAAAGAACUACUCAACCGCCUUGUCGCACUAUCUUUCACUCUGAACUCCAACAAGGCCCAAGAUUAUCUCAAGUGUAUGGAAUGUCAUGCCGACAAUCAAGACCAGAUGGAUGCAUUUGGUACGAAGCUUUCCGAUUCGGUGUGGGAGGCAUUUUGCACGCCGAGCAAGUAUUCUGGGAGUAUAUGGAGGCCAACGAACGCGCAGACGGCGAAGCUGGCGUACAGAAAGGCGGUGAGGUGUCGGAUUGGAGGGGAGCCAUUGAUGUUCUCCCAGGCCCAGGCGGCGAUUCAACAGGCGUUGAUUUUAUUCCCUAAUGAUGUUGCGAUCAAGAAGGAGUCAGAAUUGAUUGCAAAAUGGGGACGUCGAAUUUUUGGGCGAUGA